CGACAGAUAAAAGUCUGUUGCUAAAACUACAACCAAUAGCGACAGAUAUUACUCUUUCUGUGGGUCAAAUAGUUUUUACCUUCAAAUAAUUUUAUCUGUCGGUAAUAUUCUCUUUUUAGCGACAAAAAAAGUUUCUGUCCCUAAGGAUCUGUCGCUACUACCCUUUUUUGUAGUGUAAUCACGCCCAAUAUUUUUUUAGUAAUUUUUUUUGAUUUAUAAAAAUCAAAAUUAGUUAAAAUAAAAACAUUACAUAAAUUUUUAACCAAAUCGAUUUGUCCCCCAUGGAUAUGAUCAUAUGAAACCCAUGGCACAACCCUUCAGAUUAGGGUUCACCGUUUGACAUUGUACUUUAAUAAAGGGCAUUCUAUCCUUCAAUCGAAGAUGGCAAAUUUCGAUCGUUGGAUGUGAUUGUGGACACAUUUCGACACUCCGAAUUCGCAAGAACAAUAAAAAUUGUGGGAGAAGGUAUUUCUAUAUCGUAAGAGUUAAGAUUUAGGGCUCUGAAUUUGUUUGAUUAGAUUAUCAGGUGGUUUUCUCUAUCCUAUUUAUCAGAUCUUUAAAUUUAGGGUGUUACAUGCUAAGUCGCACCAAGACGUGGACAGGGACUUAUACGGGGGCGGGGUCAGAAGCGUGAAACACCAUUUUAUUGUAAUUUAUAACGGAUUUGGGUGUGGGGACGCCCCCAAGUACCCGACCGGGGACGUUUUGGGUACGGGAAGUGGCACCUAUUUGAAGGAUCCGUGCAACAUAGGUUGGGAGAAGCAUUACAUGUUUGGGAAGGGCCUGUUUGCUGCAUUUAUUUGGAAUAGUUUGGGAAGUGAGUUGCUAUGUAUUUGUUGCACUCUUUUGGUUUGACUGAUUAUGAGAAACUUGUUUUUGCACUGUUAAGCUAUAUAAGUUGCACUACACAGUCACAUGGCAAUGAUCUUUUGUUAUUUUACCAUUUGGGGCUUUCAGCUAAAAAAAAUUCAGAGCAAAGCGGGAGCAGACAAUCAUAUUUUUAAGGAUUAUUCGACCUUGAAAACUAUUUUGUUUCCUAUUAGCUUAAACGGUAGAGUGAUAUUGCAUUUGCAUACUAUCGGUUCCAAUCCCAAGUCAUUCCACUUUCAACAAACAACAUAAGUGGUGUUUUCUAAUUUUAUGUUGUGAAAAAGAUGGAGGGAAAACAUACUGUGAAGAAGUGGGCUUAAAAAUGCUUCCAAAAUCUCUUAGCAAGGCUAAAUUUGAUAAUAACUUAAAAGUUCAAAGAAAAUUCCGUGAAAAUGAAAGGCACAAGUUUUUUUUUGAGGAAUGAAAGGCACAAGUGUAAUCUGCUCACUUAGCUAUAAAAAAGUAUGCAUUUUCUAAUUAGUAGCACUGUAUGAUCUAUCAUAUGGCCAUAUAAACACGUUGAGUGCUGAAAAUGAUCCAUCAUAUGAUUCAUAUCAUUUAUAAAAACAUGACAUGAUGUCAAUCUUGAUGUUGUUAUAACUAGUGGUGUCAAUUUUGUUGUAAUUCUUGGUGUUAUUAUAGCAUGAUCUUUUUUUUUUACGAAUUAUAGAAAGAAUUUGUAUCUAUGAGGUUACCCGACCACACUGAGAUGACAUCUAGACGAAACCUUUGGUUGUGCGAAAUUUUGAGUAUCGUUGCUCCGUGCUUCCCUUUGCAAAAGCUCUAGGGAGGAUAAUAAUAGAUAACACACAGUAAUAACGAAGUUCUUAUUCUCUGCAUUCAUUAUGGUAGUUCUUGUAUUCUAGUCUGCUUCUAUUAAUUUUUUACUCCGUAUUUUAUGAAGUUUGAGUCAAACUAUAUAUUGACAUUAAUUUAAUUUGGGUGUACUUUGCAAAGUUCUUAGCCAUCUGAUUGAAAGUCAUCGCUAUAUAAUUGAUUUAUUGUAUAAACUUUGAGUCAAACUUCAUAUUGACACUGAUGAACGACAGCACAAUUGACGCCAUCUGAUUGAAAGUCAUUGCUUACGUCAAAGCCAUCGUACUCUCAAAAUCCCAAUUUCAUCAUUAAGAUUUGAUUUUUCUUGGGAUCCAAUUGGGUUGUUGUUGUUGUUAUAUCUAGAUUUGAUUUUUUUCCCUGGUAUUCAGGGAGAGACAUGCGUGAUAAAACAAUGCUUUUGAUCUGAUUAAAACGAAGACCUGAAGAACACAACCAUAAAAAUGAACAAACGCUCUGAACAAACCUACAUGGCUACAUUGGCUUCCCACCUGUGUUCUGGUCGCUCUCUUCAGAUCUGAAUCCCGUCUAAGUCCAUCCGCCUCAAUUUGGUGCAUGGUGGGCAUUGAGUCCAUGUGAGGUGAAACAGUAU